AUGGGAGAGAUCUACCCUAAGAGGGAGAUUUCGGGAGAGCCGGGCGGCGGCCCUGGGGAGCUGGCGCCCGUCGGGCCGGACGAGAAGGAGAAGGGCGCCGGCGCCGGGGGGGAGGAGAAGAAGGGGGCGGGCGAGGGCGGCAAGGACGGGGAGGGGGGCAAGGAGGGCGAGAAGAAGAACGGCAAGUAUGAGAAGCCGCCGUUCAGCUACAACGCGCUCAUCAUGAUGGCCAUCCGGCAGAGCCCGGAGAAGCGGCUGACGCUCAACGGCAUCUACGAGUUCAUCAUGAAGAACUUCCCCUACUACCGCGAGAACAAGCAGGGCUGGCAGAACUCCAUCCGCCACAACCUGUCCCUCAACAAGUGCUUCGUGAAGGUGCCGCGUCACUACGACGACCCGGGCAAGGGCAACUACUGGAUGCUGGACCCGUCGAGCGACGACGUGUUCAUCGGCGGCACCACGGGCAAGCUGCGGCGCCGCUCCACCACGUCGCGGGCCAAGCUGGCCUUCAAGCGCGGGGCGCGCCUCACCUCCACCGGCCUCACCUUCAUGGACCGCGCCGGCUCCCUCUACUGGCCCAUGUCUCCCUUCCUGUCCCUGCACCACCCCCGCGCCAGCAGCACUUUGAGUUACAACGGCACCACGUCGGCCUACCCCAGCCACCCCAUGCCCUACAGCUCCGUGUUGACUCAGAACUCGCUGGGCAACAACCACUCCUUCUCCACGGCCAACGGGCUGAGCGUGGACCGGCUGGUCAAUGGGGAGAUCCCCUACGCCACGCACCACCUCACGGCCGCCGCGCUCGCCGCCUCGGUGCCCUGCGGCCUGUCGGUGCCCUGCUCCGGGACCUACUCCCUCAACCCCUGUUCGGUCAACCUGCUCGCGGGCCAGACCAGUUACUUUUUCCCCCACGUCCCGCACCCAUCAAUGACUUCGCAGAGCAGCACGUCCAUGAGCGCCCGGGCCGCCUCUUCGUCCACGUCUCCGCAGGCCCCCUCGACCCUGCCCUCUUCUGCCAGACAGAUGGGACUCUCCAGCAUGAAAAUCUGCGCAACCAUUCCAACAAGUAGGACUGUGCCUGAUGUUGCCCGGAGGAUGCCGAGGAAAAAGACUUCAGGACUGGAAGAGCUCUUACCCAAGAUCGGAUGAAGACGGAAUCUAUUUCAGUCUGAAAUUUGUGUUUCAUGGCUGCAGUUGGACAUUCCUCUGAUAUCUUGUAUCACUGGUUAGAUGGAUGAUCCGUUCCUACCCAACUUGUGUUCUAAUAGACUACCCUGGUCUAACAUGGUGGAUCAUUUUAGUGUCACUGAGUGCUUUUGUGUCCCCUCUUCACUGCUAUGGGCAUGUCCCCCUUGGACACUAUUCCCAAAUCAAUCAACCCAGAACAGACCUGGAAGCAGAGACAGACAGGUGAAGGGAUUCUUGAGUAGAAGGACCUGGUACCAUCUGACUGAAGCUCUUCUGGUGAAUGGUCAAGUUGUCAUAUUUGGGACUCACCUUCACAAAGACAAGAAGUUUGAGAAGGGCAUAGGAACUAAGGUUCUGUGAAUCAAAAGAGAAUUCUGGCCCUAAGGAAUUCAGGUCAUUGGGCGAGACACAAAAAUUAGAAAUUAGGGCCUCCAGGAUGAGCUCUGAUAUCUUUGGAGAUGGAGGGAUGCAAAGAGGACACUAAAGUGGAGGGAGUGGAAGCAGAGGGAGGAGACCAGGUGGAAGAUGUUAGGACCUGGUGAUAAUCUAGCUGGUAAAGUUGACCCACCUGUUUAGGAGGAGGGAGAGAUGCUUUUAUCAGUUGUAAACCUGUCAAGGUUUAUUGUUCCAGGUACAAGAACAGCCACCAGCUCCUGAGACUGGAAAGAAUCUGCUACUGAGUUUGUAUCUGCAGGCAUCUAACUCUCCUCUCAGCCCAAAGUUCUCCCUAUGUCCUGAGCCCCCUAUGCACCCCAUCCCCAAGAAAAAGGAAAUGAAAGAAAAUAAAAAGCAGAUAGGGAGAGAAUUAAGACUCAGUGUUUGUCAGGCAGAUGUUGGGGUUAAAGCAGAUUGUUUGGGUAACUGCUUUCAUUUUGGAGGGGAACGAAAGCUGGUGAGAAAAGGAUGGGCAUUUGUGGGAGAGAAGAGCAAAAAAUGAGAGAAAUUCCUUGGCAGCCCAGCGGAAGGAAUUUGGGUAGGACCAAGUGGAAAAGGACUUUAGCAACAGGACAGUCUAAAAGGAAAGAAGGGUGAUUGUAAGAUGUGUUUGCAUUGUUUUGUUUUCCUGCAAAUUAAUGUAGCCUUGAAAACUUAGGAGAAAAGAUCUUCAUGCCUUGUUAAAACACAAUUGCAAAAAGAAAGGCAUACUAUCAAUAACCAGUUUUGUCCUCAAGAAAACUCUUUUCUUUAGAUAUUAUCAUAUACAUGCAAUCCAUAAUUAAACGAAAUGGUAGUUGAAGGAAGGGAGGGAAAAAAAAGAACGACGGAACUGCCCUGCUGGUCUUACAUAGUGCAUCUGUCUCCUCACCUUUCACAGCAGGGAGGUUGAAGGAUCUUUUUUCAUUUCCAUCUAGUCUUUUCACUUAAAAAUGUAAUGAAAAUAUUACAGUUCAUGAGAUUGUUUUUCAUGAAAGAUCAGAGAAUGAAGAGCUUUCAUUUCUAGGGAAAAAUUCACUGAGGCGAUGCUCAGCGUGCUACAGGAGAAAGACAACUUUGGCUGAAGCUGUAUAUUGCUCUGCUUUUCAGUGGCACCCCCAGACCUUCUCUGUGCACUAAUAAUAACUAGUAACUACUAAAUUCACUCCACUCUCCUGGAAGUGCAACUCUGCAACUUGAAAUCAAACUGGAGCUUUCCAUAUAAAAUCCAACUCUAAUUAAAAUACUUUAUGGAAAA